AUGACGACUCGAAAAGGGUACGAGUCGUUAGAGUCCAACAACCCAGACGAGCACCUACUAGCAACGGACUCGGACGAUGAUUUCCACAAUGUGCACGCCAGCAAGUUGAUUGGAACGCGAAACGACACUGCCGACACUCCCCUAUCCAGCGAUGACGAAUACUCAAUCGAAGACGAAGCCAACCUCAAGCUCCUCCCAUUGCAAUCGAAAGACACAUCCAAACUGCGCCGCGACCGACGGACCUCAGUAAAUCGACGAACCUCUACAAGUGACUCGGAGAUCGAUGGCGAUGUGGCGGCGGCGGCCAAUGACGACCCCCAUAAUGUGCAUGAGCGGAUCGAGUUGAUGCUGCAAAAGGAUCAACGAGAGAGGAAUGCGUUAUCGGAAUCUUUCAAUCUGGAUUUCGACGACGACGAGUCUCUCCUUGCUUUGAGCGAUGUCGAUAGUGAAGGGUUUCCGGCAGAUAAGCUACCCUACACGGACGCUGGGUACGUUGAGGGAAAUGCCAAUUUCAAGACCAAGAUUCAGGCGAUCCAUGCGGUCGUUCGCCAGAGACCUUGGUGGCAGAUUUGUGGUAUGCUUUUUGUUGGAGUUGGAGUUAUGUGGCUCUCGGCAGUGGGAUUGAGGAGGUGGUUGUAUAAGAGUGUGGUUGCGGAAUUUGAUCCUGUACCCUGGUAUCCUACCCCACUAGGCGGAACGAAUGCGGCAUGGCAAGAAAGUUAUAGUAAAGCCCAAGAGCUUGUACAGCAGAUGACCCUUUUGGAGAAAGUCAAUGUUACCACAGGCACAGGUUGGAUGAUGGGUCUGUGUGUUGGAAAUACUGGCCCCGCAGCUCAUGUCAACUUUCCCUCGCUUUGCCUACAAGAUGGUCCUUUGGGCCUACGAUUCGCGGAUAAUAUCACUGCAUUCCCGGCUGGUAUAACGACCGGCGCCACAUGGAAUCGCGAGCUCAUGCGAGCCCGAGGCGUGGCGCUUGGACGGGAGGCUCGGCUCAAAGGAGUGAAUGUGCUCCUUGGCCCUUCGAUGGGCGCAUUGGGAAUGAACCCUGCGGGCGGCCGCAACUGGGAGUCAUUUGGAUCUGACCCCGUGCUGCAAGGUGUGGCUGCCGCAGAGACUAUUCGGGGUAUUCAGCGCAACGGUGUGAUGGCGACAGCCAAGCACUUUGUGAUGAAUGAGCAAGAGCACUUCCGUCAGCCCUUCGAGUGGGGCAUCCCGACGGCAAUGUCAUCUAACAUUGAUGACCGGGCCUUGCAUGAAGUCUUCGUCUGGCCGUUCGCUGAAAGUGUUCGAGCCGAUGUGGCAAGCGUGAUGUGUGCUUACCAGAUGGUAAACAACAGUCACGCUUGCGAGAAUAGCAAAUUGCUCAAUGGCAUCCUGAAGGAUGAGCUUGGUUUCCAAGGAUUUGUCCAAUCCGACUGGCUUGCUCAGCGGUCAGGUGUGCAAAGUGCGCUGAGUGGUCUUGACAUGAGCAUGCCCGGUGAUGGGCUGCAUUGGCAAGAUGGAGACUCACUCUGGGGUCCCCAUCUGACUCGCGCAGCUUUGAACACCUCUGUCCCUAUGGAGCGUCUAAACGAUAUGGUUACACGUAUUGUAGCGGCCUAUUACCAUUUCCGCCAAGACACAUGGGAAAGCUCUCCUGCGGCAGGCAAGAUUGGCCCCAACUUCUCAUCAUGGACCCAUGAGCGGAAUGGCAGCCUCCACCCCGGUAGUCCAGAUGAUCAAACCAACGAGGUGGUUAACUACUUUGUUAACGCACAAGGCAAGAGCCCCCAUUCAAAUGCCAAUGUCGCGCGCAAGAUUGCGGCAGAGGGAACUGUUCUGUUGAAAAACGUUGAAGGUACUCUCCCGCUUUCGCGCACUGUGUCUCGCCCCUCUGGAAAGUAUCGUGUUGGUAUUUACGGAGAAGACGCCGGCCCUGGCCAGGGUCCUAACUUUUGUGCCGACCGAGGUUGCAAUCAAGGAACCUUGGCGUCCGGUUGGGGAAGUGGCGCCGUGAACUUCCCGUAUCUUGUCAAUCCCUGGGAUGCUCUCAAGUCCGCUUGGUCAUCCGAGACGGUGGAUGUCCAGGCCUACUUGACCAACAAUGUGGCGGUGAAUGAUUUGGUUGAACAAGACCUCUGUCUUGUUUUUGCCAAUGCCGACGGAGGUGAAGGGUUCAUCAAAGUCGAUGGAGUCAACGGAGACCGUAGUGACCUUUUCCUGCAGCGGAACGGAACCGCUCUGAUCGAGGGCGUGGCCCGCAAUUGCGGUAGUGGUCAUGGCAAAACAGUGGUGGUGGUGCAUUCUAUCGGCCCUGUCAUUCUCGACCACUGGAUCGAUCUCCCUGGCGUCGCGGCGGUCCUCUAUGCAAACCUCCCGGGACAGGAAAGUGGCAACGCUCUAGUUGAUGUUCUUUUUGGCGACGUCGAUGCCAGUGGACGUUUGCCAUAUACCAUCGGCCACUCCUUAGAAGACUAUGGGCCCGGUGCUCAAAUCUUGUACGAGUCCAGUGAAGCUGUGCCACAAGUCUACCUUACCCAAGGCCUCUAUGUCGACUACCGCUACUUUGACAAGUUCAACGUCACGCCUCAUUUCGAGUUCGGUUUUGGUCUUUCGUAUACAACCUUCAAGUUCAGUUCUCUCCAAAUCGAGAAGCUGCAAGAAAAGUCACGACUCCCCGAAAAACGUCCCAGCAACGCGAUCGACCCCCCAGUGUACGAGGAUAAGCCCGAAAGCUCCACUUUAUCCCUCUUCCCCCCGGAUUUCAAUAUCCUUGGCAAAUAUAUCUAUCCCUACCUGAAGUCAAGGGAAGGAACCAAGCCUGGCUCCUACCCAUACCCAGAGGGAUACUACAAGAGCCAAAAACCGUCCGCCGCCGGAGGUGGCCCCGGUGGAAACCCGUCUCUGUACGAGCCAAUGCUCGAACUCACUGUAGAGCUCACGAAUACCGGCGCAAGGGCCGGCCAAGAGGUCGUUCAAAUCUACGUCUCUUUCCCCGCUGACGUUGUCGAAUCGCGCGGGUUAGGCAGAACCCCCGAGCCAAUCGAGUUCCCCGACCGUGUCCUCCGGAACUUCCAAAAGGUGUUGCUAGAACCCAACGAAACCAAGUUUGUCAACAUGACGUUGACACGCAAAGAUCUGAGCUAUUGGAGUGUUCGAGCGCAGAACUGGGUUCUCCCAACAGAAAACUCGUUCCGUAUCUGGGCGGGAAGAAGCUCUCGGGAUCUGCCGUUGGUGGCUGAAUUUUAG